AUGAACAUCUUCAGAUGGAUAUGCAAUUUUGAUAAUAAAUUAUUCGUGGUCACAGCUCUCAUAUAUCUGUUCAUUGAAGAAACUUGUUAUCGGUAUCCCAGGGGACAAAAAGAGAUAGCAGAUCGUAGAAAUCCUCCAGUCAAAGGGUUUGUGAUAACCAAGAAGGAUGAUCCACAAGAGGUGACGUUUUCUGAACUCCUGGGAUCAUCUUCUUCUGGAAAAACGUUUUUCGAAAAAUUCGCACAGCUGGUUUUUGGAGAAAACCAGCAGCCACCUGGAACGACGCCAGCUGAAGGAUCCACUGAAUCUCCAACGUCUCUAGAUUCAGAAGAAAUUCCACCUAUCCCAUCCUCAAAUCCUUGGGUAUUGACCAGAAUCAAAAACCGAAUUAUAGUGUACAGCUACGUGCUCUGUGGUCGACGCUGCGAUCAGUUGGGAAUCGAAAACAUCACCUCCACCUGUGAUUCUGCCCAUUCAAUCACAAAGAAGCUCGUGAGAGAAGUCUGUUGUCCUCAUUACAAUCCAUCAGAAAAAUUGAUUAUUCAAAAAGUGUUUUCUACUGUUGGACAGAUUAUUCAUGAUCUUUUUUAUGGAGAUUAUGGGACGUCAGAAGCAUCUGAACUUUUGAAAUCACCACCGGAAGGCAAGGUUAACGAAAAAGCUCAGGACCAGACCCAAGAUCUUGUAAUCGAAAAAAAGAGAUCAUGUCAAAAAGCUCGAGAACCUUCUACAUCAUGUGGCAUUGCUCAUCCAAUUCAAAUGGAAGCCGCUGGACCAGUACUCGACCAAUGCAGCUAUGUAGCCGUUGAAGAAUCCCACGAUUGA